AUUGUAUGGAUAAGUAUAUAUUCAUGUUUUUGCCGCAUUUGUGUUAAAAAGUCUCUAUCAAAGAACGAUAGGCACGGAUUACUACUCCAGAUGUCAGGCAAAAUUCGUGUUUAGCAUUUCAUCUGGGAAUCGUAUUCGGUCCAACCUCGUUCAUCAAUAAUUUAGCCUGCUCCCACCGAAUGAAUUACAUUGUUAGAAAUUCAUUUUGCGCUCUCCCGAAGCACCUGUGUCCAACUCUGCAAUUGAAAUGGAAAUUAAAGCAUUUGACGCGAACAAUAACAUUAGACCCGCUUGAAAUAACCUGCGCGAACGAUCCGCUGUAAAACCCUACUUUUGAAAAAUCAUGUCUCGUCAUACAAGGGUUCUUGCUCCCCCUGGGGGAAAAGACUCCAUAUCGUUUGGUGUAUCUGAUCUAGGGGAGAACUCUGCACAUGUCAAGGCAUGCCAGGUUGAGAGAAACAAGUCCAAUAUCUUUGUAGGUGGUGACCUGAACCUACCUCACAAGGGCAAUGCAAAAUCCUGCCAAGAAGCACGACAGAGGUCCCAAGUAUUCACAGCUCCUAAUGAGCCAUUACCAGUUAAACCAAGCACAGCUCAUGGGAAAAAUUCAGGGGACAUUAUCAGAGCUAAUAGUCAGGACGAACCUCAGAGAACGUCUGUCAGAACCCAUGCUCCACCAGGUGGUGCCUCGCACAUAGUUCUGGGGUGAAUGACUGCAGAAUAUGAACAAUUUAGCCAGUUAAGCAUCUCAGUGCUGCAGCAGACAAUCUUAAAUUAUCCCCAUAUAUGUAAUCAUGAAUAAUCCAUAGCUCACAUUUAUAGUAGAAAACUACUUUUUUUUCUUUAAAUUUUGUCUUAUCCACCUCACAAUUUUUUAUGUAUUUCCCCUUAUUUUUUUCUAAAGUCGACUUUUUUGUUUUAAAUUUAUUUUAUAUAAUGAAAGUUAAAAUUGGUAUUUUUCUCACAAACACAAUAGAGCUUGUUUUAUCUUGGAUUGUAACAAAAAAGCAGACAAUGUCAUUCCAGGCAAGUCUAUUUCAAAAUGUAGAAUAUUGUGGGAAUAGAAUAAUGGGCCCUAAGAGAAUAAUGUAUAGCACAAGAAGUUAUGCCUUUCUGCUUGUUGCUGAACUUAUGGCCAUGUCACAUGACUUUUAUGGCACAAAUUCUAAGAUAGAGCAGGUGGAGUAGUACAUGGCGGAAACUGCUCUUGCUCACGCUGUUUUCUUGCAAUACAAUGUAUUUGUUGUUUUGCUUUUGUGAAUGAUGAUUAAGCAUGUGAUGUGCCACUAAUAAUUGCAAUCUUAUUUCAAAAGAACCAGAAAACUCAGGUGACAUGGCCUGUAAGUUGUAUAUUAUAUAUAUAGCUACCCAAUUAUAUUAUUUCAGGCUGUGUGAUCACUUUUUAACUAGUUCCUGAUAAUCUAAGACGAGCAGCAAAACAUGACACUGCUUGUCUCAGAUUUGGUAUUUUAGGGUAGUUUAAUAUAAAUAAAGAGUGGUCCUACUAGAAGUAUUUCUGAUUGCUAGCCUCUGCAGGAUAUUUAUAAUGUACAGUGACUACCAGUCUUUUGACUGAUAUUACAGCAACAGACAACUUGAUAAUAUGUAAACGGUGUGCCAAUGUAAAAUAAAUGCACAUAUUUACCAGGA